AUGGAUACAAGUGCCAGAACUAAUGGUAGUCUUCAAGCUGGCGUCAGCGGAGUUGCUGAUUGGUAUGAAAAUACGCUAAACGCUGGUAUGUGCUGCCUGGUGCACAUAUAUCUGAUAUUCCGUGAGUGGGCCCAACAGGAUCUGAAUAUUGUUGUUGAUGGAAAGGGCUUUGGUUGCGGAUCAUCUCGCGAAUAA